AUGCGCCACCCCAUAGUGGAGAGCCUUCUUGCCUCAGGAGCUACGUUGGAGACGGAAGGAAGCACGGCUCUCUGCUGCGCCUGCAGCGUGGACAACGUGGAAGUGGCGACCUCGUUGAUCUCUGCUAGAGCAGAUGUCAAGCGCCGAGACUGGGACAUGGACUCUCCUUUGCUCAUUGCCGCGUCGAUGGGUUCGAGAUCGAUGGUGCGGCUUCUGCUGCGAAAUGCGGCGGACGCUUCUCAGGAGGAUGCCAAAGGUCGCGGUCCCAUCGAAAGGUGCUUCAUAGAUUCUUCGAUCGGUCCGGUAAUCUCUUUGCUGCGAGCCGGUGCUACAGUGCGACCUUACACGGAGAACUUUCAUCUGCUUCAUCAAGCCGCUGAAAGAGGCAGUCUGAACUGGGUGACGUGUUUGGUGCGGGCGCGAGCUAGCCCCCAGGCUCGUGACGAACUCGGGCAUCUUCCCCUCGACGUGGCACUGCGCUUGUCCGGUUUCGAGCGUCGGGUCGACGAGGAGUCGACGGUCGCAGCCGCCGUCAUGGUCUGCGAUCGCGCGGAGUUCUCUAUGGCGACGGCACUGAUGCAGCUUUGGCAACAGCCCAUGACGGACCAGUUGCGCGAGCAGCACCUGCGACUGUGGACAUCGGCGCUAGCCAUGAUCGGUACAUUCUUCGAGAACGGGUGGGUGCUCUGGGAUGCGCAACCUGAAAACUACGGCGUGGACGAGGCAGGCUACGAGCGGAUGCGGUUCUUGAGGGUCGCGACCAUCCAGGAGAAAAGCUGUGAUCCCAAUCACGCUGAAGGCCAGCUGCUGUACAAGAUCAUGAAGCGCUUUUGCGGGGCAACAGUCCAGUUGCUGACAAGGGGAGGCAGUCAUCCAACGUGGCAGACAUGGCUGCAGCCGCUUUUCCAAACCAUGUGUCGACGGUACUUCGGUCCAGAAGCUGUCGACGCUUUGGCAGGGACUGAGGUGGACGAGGGGCCGAUGGUCGCCGCCGCCGUCCUGGUCUGCGAUCGCGUUGAGAUCUCUAUGACGACGGCACUGUUGCAGCUGUGGCAACAGCCCAUGACGGAGCAGUUGCGCGAGCAGCACCUGCGACUGUGGACAUCCGCGCUCGCCAUGAUCGGCACAUUCUUCGAGAACGGGUGGGUGCUCCGGGAUGCGCAACCUGAAAACUACGGCGUGGACGAGGGAGACUACGAUGGGAUGCGGUUCUUGGACGCCGGGGCCAUGGAGAGGAGAAGCCUUAGUCCCAAUCACCUUGAAGGCCAGCUGCUGUACAAGAUCAUGAAGAUUUGUUGCAGGGCAACAGUCCAGUUGCUGACAAGUAGAGACAUUCAUCCAACGUGGCAGACAUGGCUGCAGCCGCUUUUCCAAACCAUGUGUCGACGGUACUUCGGUCCAGAAGCUGCACCUGUUUGGGGUGAUCAACUGUUUUGGUCGAGGACGGGUGCUUGCUGGACAUUAAAUCCUUAA